AUGAUCAGCCACUCGCUUACCAACCUCAUUUUCAUCCGCAUCUGCAUUUUUCUCCUUGAAUAUGCUCUCUUCAUCGAGCUCUCACUUCUCAUUCUCACUUCACUCUUUUUCGGGCCUCAACCAACAUCGGGCUCCCCCACAGCAAUAGCCCUCAAACUAUUCAUCCUCACCCUCUGCAUCCUCGAGAUAUCCUCCCUCCUCUUCCUCUAUCUCCCCCACAAAGAACGCCUGCUCAAAAGCAAGGCCAUCUACCCCUCCCCACCACUUACCCGCUCUCAACGUCAAGCGCUCUUCCAACAAUGCACCGCCAACGUCCCCGACUGGCACCGUUACCUCCAACUCUGGUUCCUCAACGCCCCCCUCACUGAGAUAAAACGCGACAACAUCCGUGACUUCAUCCUCUGGGGCUUCUUCGACACCGACUCAACCGCCCCUCUCACCCCUGAAAUCGAACCCGAAAUCGACAGCUACAUCUCCCACAUCGAGACCCUUUCCAAUCGUAAAUUCCCUCCCGGCCGCGGCAACUCCACCACCGCCCUCCGCCUUACCUUUGAUCCGAUCCAAACCCGCUACAGAAGUAUCAUCUGGUAUCUCCUCGUCUGUGCCGUCGACGCCUUCACCCACCUCACCCUCUACCGAAACAACUUCUCCCACCACCGCCCCUAUUUCCCUCCUCCCCAAACCACAGCAACUGUCGUCUCUCCCAAAAUAUUCCACUCCUUCCCACCCCCAGUCCUAUCCCACCUCUUCCCCCACCGCCCCCCCUCCCCGGCAAACCACCUCUCUUACUACCUCCGCCCUCACCGAUCCCCAACCCACAAACCGGUAAUCUUCCUCCACGGAAUAGGCAUAGGCCUCUACCCCUACCCACCCCUCCUCCUCUCCCUCCCCAAGGAAAUCGGCAUCCUCAUCCUGGAAAACCUCCCCUUUUCCUCCCGCUUAACAUGCCCCCCAUUGUCCAAAACCCUCUUCCUCCAAGAACUAUCCUCCAUCCUCUCCCACUUACCGCCCUGCUGGGAGGAAUUCACCCUCGUAACCCACAGCUACGGCUCCGUCCUCGCAACCCACAUCCUAUCCGACACCACCCUCUCACCGCGCGUCACCAGCCUGGUGCUAAUCGACCCCGUGACCAUCCUGCUCCACCUCCCAGAUGUGGCCUACAACUUCACCCGCCGCCAACCCGCCAAAGCAAACGAAUGGCAGCUGUGGUACUUUGCCAGCACAGACCUCGGGGUAGGGGAGGGGCUGGGGCGGUAUUUCUUCUGGAGGGAGAAUAUCCUCUGGAGGGAGGACUUGACGACCACGACGACCCAAAGGAGAAAAGUGGCGGUUGUGCUGAGCGGGAGGGAUCUGAUAGUUGAUACCGGGACGGUGGCCAAGUACCUUGCUUGUGAAGAGGGGGAUUGGACAAAGGAAAAGGAUCACAGGUGGACAACAACAACAGCAACAACUGACGUGCCAGCAAAAAAAACACACAAAACACGGGACGGGAUAGAAAUCAUCUGGUUCCCCGAGCUAGACCACGCGCAGGUUUUUGAACAGAAAAAAGACUAUCAACUUGUUGCUGAGGUGGUGGAGAGUUAUUCUGGUCACAAAAAGGAGGACGGAAAAUAA